GAUGAUCCAGCUGCUGCGCGCUGACAUGGAAACAACUGCGCCUUUCCACUGAAGCGCGGCGCAUUCCUGCGUGGACCGUGGCACCGCGGGGACGCUAAACGGCCACUGGAAAACUUUUGCUUGUUGUUGUUUUCUUGCACGGCUGCACUCAUGUAAACUCACCAUGUCUAAGAGCCUGAAGAAGAGGAAGAACCACUGGACCAACAGAGUCCAUGAGAGUUUCCUUUGCAGGAAUGAGGAGGGGGCGCUGGGGCUGGAGCUGCAGGGCGGCGCGGAGCGCGGACAGUUCCCGGUCAUCGGCGCGCUCCUCCCGGGCAGAUCCGUCUGCCACAGCGGUAAACUCCUCCCGGAGGACCUGCUGCUGGAAGUCAACGACACUCCCGUGGCUGGAUUGACCACCAGGGAUGUCCACGCUGUGGUCAAACACAGUAAAGACCCAGUUCGGCUCAAGUGUGUCAAACAAGGUGAGUCUGAGGCGCUGCAGCCUCCACACCACACAGUGAGCCAGCUGUUCAGAACGCUCUCUAUGGUGCUUCUGGAGAAGGUGGUGAGAAUGGGUAAGGGCGGGUGGGCUCUCCUCAUCCUCUGCAGGAAGUUCAUGCGCUUCUGA